UCGACUCCAUAUCAGUCGAACAGUUCGAUACGGAGCGUAGAUGCAUGCACAGCAUCUCGCGUUUAAUAGUGAAAUGAAAAAUUUAUAAAAAAUGUUAUUUCAAUAUUUAAUAUUUUUGCUUUUUGUGCUUAUGCAAAAUUACUGCAGUAACGGUUUAAUAGAACCAAUUGUAGAGCAUGCCAAAAGAACUGAUGGUGCUCAAAGACGUUAUCGCCGUGCGGCAGUACCACAACUUAUUGUGCGCAGCCAAGCCGAUGACUUUACGAACGCCGACGAAAUAAUAAUCUUUGRCCACACACUUCAAGGCAGAAUCAUAUCAUCUCAACAACUCUAUGGCCUUCCACAUAAUCAAAAUUAUCAGCAACAUUCCCAAGCUAAUAGUUUGCAAAAGCCACGAGGCAAUCAGCAAGCUCACAAUUCAAGAGAACUGAAUAUGAAUGGACACUACAAUAGCAACAAUAAUUUGUACGAUAAUAACAAUAGUUUCAAUGGGAAAAAUAUGAAGCAUGAAAAAAACAAAAUAUUACAAGAACAUAGUGGCCAAAUUGGCAUUAUGCUUMAUAAUAAUCGCAAUAACGGCAAUUUUAAACAUCAUAACUCUUAUCUAGAGAUUGUUUAUAAUAAUGGAGACACUCACAAGCCCAGUAAUACAGUAUCGAUGUACAGACCAGCAGUAAGAGUGGACGCAAUGCAUAUACCAACAACCACAUCUAUAACGCCGGCUUAUGUUACACAGCCACAAAAUCACGUACUUAAUCCACAAAAUUGUAAACCCAACAACAAUUUACUAACAGAGAUCAUUGAAAAUCCGGUACCAACCACAAUCAAAGCACAAUCAUCAAGCAAAUAUAAUAGAAGUCAAUUUAGAAGAGAUAUUCCCAACAACCCAUUUCUCAAUAAGCACAUGUCUCAAAAUGAGUUUAUGCAAAACCCAUUUUUAGCAAAUUUAAAUAAUCAAUCAACACAAAAUACUAUGGCUCCGACGCCCACUCCUCAGAAUCCAUACAUGUCAAAUCCGUUUCUGCAAAAUACUAAAAUGCCAAAUCUUUCAGGCCAGUCGCAGUCAACACAACAUCCAGCAACACAUCUUAUGCAGCCACAAAUUGAAACUUCUUCGCAGAAUUCCGUUAAUUUAAUGCAUGUUCAAAAGCCUGUGCUUAUCUCAUCGACACCACCAAGCACAGUCACAAAAAUKAGCGCGGAAUUAAGUCGACUUAUUCAAAAUAAAGCAGUCAUAUUUCCAGAUUCGAUAUAUCUCACACAAAGCACUCCGAGCUCACAGCACAUGCUAGACAUCAGACGUUAGUUAUACGUUAUAAGUAUAAGAAAUAAAGACAUUAUCAAAAAUUUUAUACUUAAAUAUAAUACUCAAUA